AUGGCUAUGCUCACCACAAGAACAGCAAGAAAAUACCUGAAUUUUAGGAUAGGCAGGUCGAACAUGAGUACAAAGCAGCGAACCUUCGAAGAUGCUAUUGAAUGUCUCAAUUCUUUGCAGUCAAAUGCGAAAGUGUUGGAGAUGCUUCGAAAUAGAGGAAAAAUUCCCAAUGAUGAAUCAAUGAUACAGAUGAAAGAAUAUCUCAAUAGGAUUGGGUAUCAGACUUCGGAUUUGAAUCGCUUAAACGUUAUUCACGUUGCAGGAACGAAAGGAAAAGGCUCUACUUGCGCGUUUACAUCUUCUAUUUUUUCAGAAAUUCAAAAGAAGCAUCCUAUUAUUGCCCCCAAAUGUAUUGGUAUGUAUACGUCUCCUCAUUUGCGAUCAGUGUGUGAGCGUAUUCAGCUUAAUGGAAAACCUGUCUCUAAAGAAGUAUUUACCAAAUAUUUCUUUCAAAUGUGGGAUCGUCUAGAGGAUACCGCUUCUGAAGCAACUAAUCCAGAGAAACCUAUGUACUUUCGUUUUUUGACACUACUAGCUUGGCAUGUUUUCCUGUCUGAAGGCGUCGAUGCUGCUAUAAUUGAAGUCGGUAUCGGAGGUGAAUUUGACUCUACCAACUUAAUUGAGAAACCCAUAGUCACAGCUGUCACUAGCUUGGGAUUAGAUCAUACUGCUCUACUUGGUAAUACAAUUUCAGAGAUCGCUUGGCAAAAAGCAGGAAUUUACAAGGAUUCGGCGAUUGCAUUGACCUGUCAGCAGGUUCCUGAAGCUCUUCCCGUUUUGGAGCAGCGUGCCAAUGAACGAGGAACUAGCCUAAAAAUUAUCAAAGCACCUAUAAACUUGACAGCGGAAAUGAUUGGUCUUUCUGGAGCACAUCAGUUGAGCAAUGCCGCACUCGCAAUGGAAAUGGUAAACGAGUUCAUUCACAAAACUAAACCUUCCUGUCCUGCUGAUUUUAUAAAAGAUCCUGCCGUCUUUGAUGGAUUAAAGAAUGUUCAAUGGCCUGGUAGAUGCCAAAUGGAGACUAUCAACGGAAUCCAGUGGUGCUUCGAUGGUGCACACACACAGGAGAGUUUAGAAGCAACCGGUGCUUGGUUAGCUUCAAAAAGACAACAGUUUCAAGAAGCCGAAGCGAGGGUGUUGGUAUUUAACCAGCAGAGCAGAGAUGACCCAGUAGCUUUAAUUCGAGCUUUCCUAAAGGGCUAUGAAUCUCUAGGGAAGGACCUACCCUUUACGCAUGCAAUAUUCUCCACAAAUGUUACUUUUAGGGAUGCCACUUAUAACCCAGAAUUACUGAGCGUCAAUAGUGUCACAGAUAAACGCCCCGCGUUAUACGUUCAAGAAGCUUUGGCAUCUUGGUGGAAGGAAAAUCGUCCCUGUUUGAACGACGCCAUAAAGAUAGCUCCUACUGUAGAGGAAGCCAUGGAAAUGGUAUACAAUAUUAAAGGAGAAUCAAAAAACACAUUUGUCUGUGUGACCGGAAGUCUUCAUCUCACCGGCGGCGUCUUUGUCGUUUUGGAUAAGGCUGCUUUUGAAUAA